AUGACAGAGGAUCAAGAUCUCCUGGCUAAGAUCAGUCAGUUGGCUGGUCAAAUCAACAGACACAAAAACCAGUCGUCUCAGGCGCCGGCGGAGUCCAACCAGUAUGUUUCCCGACACGCUUCUCGCCAACACAACCCGGGCUGGGCGCCGUAUCGUGGCCGAGCGAACGCCCGGCGACCGGUUGCCCCCCAUCGCCAUCGGACCCUCAUCUUAAACAACAGCACUGCGUCGGCGUCGGCGCCUAGCUCCACCUCGUCUGCAGGGCCUGCCAGCGAUAAUGAUACCGAGACACGGCCGGCCGCGUCGCAAGGGUGGGUUGCGAAACGCGACCGCCACAUGCAGCUGAUUAACACUGCCAUCUAUGACCAAGAGACCCAGGCGAGAACAAAGGCUAUUGAGGAAAGCAGACGGCUCAAGACCCAGAAACGAGCGCAGCUUGAAGAGGCCAAGGUACUGCGAUAUGCUCAGGGCGCUGCCGGGGGGAGACAGUUUCCUGUUUCUGUGACGAGUCAGCCCUCAACUGUCGCGACUCAAACAGGCGGAGGCCACCAGAUCUUUGUCAACGAUAUACCCUUCAAAAUUGCGCGAGGAGGAAGCAAACUGCUUCGUGUUUCCAGUGGGGAUACCCUCUUUGCGCUUUUCCGCAACAGAUGCAAGAGCUCGCUUACCUCUUUCAUAGAUGACCCGAACACGGCAAACAACACGCCAAAGAAGGUAGUAGUGGCCGGUGUGACAUUUGUUCGGAGCAAGAACGGAAACCUUCAUCGCCUGGGCCUGGUGAAAUCGAAAAGGAAAACCGCAGCUGUCAAGAGACACAACGAGCUGUGUAAACGCUUUAGCACGACUGGUACCCUGCUCUUCCCCCCCUCCCCCCUUAAUAAACCAACCAGGACUGCCCUUGAUGGGAAGACUGUUUUUCUUGUCCAGAUACUGAUUCAACCGUUUCUACGCUUUCCAGGAACCUGCUACAAAGGACCCAUGUGCCCGUUCAUCCACGACCCCAAUAAGGUCACAAUCUGCAAAGAGUUUCUCCAGACUGGUAAAUGCAAUGCAGGUUCUAGCUGUGAUCUUUCCCAUGAGCCUUCACCCCACCGGUCCCCUGCCUGUGUGCAUUUCCUAAGGGGCCGCUGCUCGAACCCGGAGUGCCGGUAUGCCCACGUCCGAGUGACGCCUGGGGCGCCCGUGUGCCGGGACUUCGCCACCCUGGGGUAUUGUGAAAAGGGAGCCGAGUGUGACCAGCGGCAUGUCCACGAGUGUCCGGACUACGCCAACACGGGCAGCUGCAAUAAGAAGCGCUGUCCCUUGCCCCAUGUGGAUCGGGCUGGCCAGAUCCGCAAGAUGGCCGCUGCUAACAAGGCAGAUUCCCCUGACAACGACGAGGACGAAGACGAUCUCUCCAGCGAGGAGGAGUACGACGAGAUCGACUCGGACGAUGUCGACUCGGACGAGCUCGACGACGAACCCGAGGAACUCAUCGCUGGUGCUGAUAGCGGGGAGAUCUCGCAGCAGCGGGACUUUGUUCGCUUCUAG